GGGUUCUCCCGGGAGAGGCAGCCGGGCGAGCCUCGCUCUAUCCUUCUCUCUCCAUUUGUCUCAUUUUUUCUGUUUUUAUUCGGCUUGGCGGCGAUCUCUCGGUGUCGCCGGCGGCAAUCCCUGGGUUAUUGCCGGCGCAAUCGAGAUGGCGGCUGCCGCCAACAUUGGGAUGAUGGAUGGGGCGUACUUCGUGGGUAGGAACGAGAUCCUUACGUGGAUCAAUGCCACGCUUCAGCUCAGUCUCUCGCGCGUGGAGGAGGCUGCGUCUGGUGCCGUCCAGUGCCAGAUGAUGGAUAUGGUCCAUCCAGGGGUUGUUUCAAUGCACAAGGUGAAUUUUGAUGCAAGGUCAGAGUAUGACAUGAUUCAGAAUUACAAGAUUUUGCAGGACGUUUUCAAUAAGCUUAAGAUAGAGAAGGUAUUUCACUUCAAGCCAUUCCUGGCGUUGGUCCUUGAUAUCCAAUCAUAA